GAAACCCAUUGGUUCAUUGUGUAAUUCGUGGUCAAAAGACACUACAACUCCCAUGGCAACUUUGUGAAUCAUAUGUUUCGUGGUAUUCGGUUGGACCGAAUUUGAGAGAUCGCUAUCGGAACCGUCUGGUUGCAGCCAGUAGGCUAUAUGUAGACAGCAGUGGGUUUAAUCCAUCCAGAGUCAUGCAUAGAUAGGAAGUGACGAUUCUCCGCCUGUCAUCCCGGUUGUGACAAAGCAAUGGAACAAGACGAGCUCGAGACCCGAUUUGAUGCCGCAGUGCGAGUGAUACGGAGUUUACCCGAAGAUGGUCCAUAUCAGCCGGCGGAUGGCAUGAUGCUCAUGUUUUAUAGUUACUACAAGCAGGCUGCGCUGGGGCCAUGUAAUAUUCCAAGACCCACAGGAUACUGGGACACUGCAGGCAAAGCCAAGUGGGACGCAUGGAACUCACUGGGGAACAUGUCAAAGGAGGAAGCCAUGCAAGCGUACGUCAAUGACAUUCAGCUGAUUCUGGAGACUCUUCCAGUCACAGAGGAGGUGUCUGAUCUGCUGGAGGCUCUCGGGGGGUAUUUCUUCGAAGAAGUGGAGGGAGGAGUGGAGGAAGAGAAGGAUGAGGACAAGAGGGCCUACAGCAGGCCUUUCGCAGCAGCUGCAGUGGAAAUGCAGAUGCAAAAGGGGUAUAUCCACAAACCAAAGAUGGAAGGCUUUGGGAGUCUGGAAAUCUGGAAGGAUAUUCAAACCAAAGUCCCAGAAAGCAAAAUAAAUGGCAUGACUAUGACUGACAAGGAGGAAAGCAAAAGCACUGAUAAGGAGGAAGAGGAGGAGGAGGAGAAAGUGGACAGUGAUGAGGAGGAGGAAGAGGAGAAAGUGGACAGUGAUGAGGAGGAGGAAGAGGAGAAGGAGGAGGAGAAAGUGGACAGUGAUGAGGAGGAGGAAGAGGAGAAAGUGGACAGUGAUGAGGAGGAGGAAGAGGAGAAGGAGGAGGAGAAAGUGGACAGUGAUGAGGAGGAAGAUGCAGAUGAUGAAGCGGAGGAGGAGAGAGAGAGGAAGUCCCCAGGCCCUGACAUGAAUCUGCUCAGGGUGAAGGACCGCAGGUGGAGGUCAGAGGUCAGCUCGUCCAACGGCAGUGUGGAGCCCAGCGUCUCCUCCAUGACCAAUGGGACACAGAGCUCCCUCAACAGUGAGGUGGAGGAAGAGGAACUGGCCUACUCCAAAGAUCCCCUACCGGAGAACCGCUACAGGCAUCUGAACAGACACCUCAGUGAGCGUCUUCGAGUCAACGACUCGGACAAUGAGGAAUUCUGUGAUUCAAUGGAACAUUUAGCCAUGGAGGAGGAAUCGGGAAUACCCAGGGUACACUCCUCCGGGACAAGGGCAAGUCAAGCUAAGAGGAGGAGUCUUCAGGGAGAGACCCUGGAUGAGGACCUGAGUCUCCAGGAAGACUCCCCUCACAGGGAGGGGCUUCAUACAGAACGACGUGACAGUUGCUGGUCAAUGAGUGGAAUAGGUUCCAGGUCAUCGGGGCUAGGUUGCGGGUCACAGAUUUUUACCAGUGGAAAUGCUGCAGAGGGCUGGGUUAUGCAGAUCAGGACUGAGGCUGUUGCCAGUGGUAACCUUAACGAGCACAUCGCCAUGGCGCUGACCAGGCUGCAGGGGGACAUGGCUAACGUGCUUCAGAGGCUUAACACUCUGGAGGCCCUGACCACAUUACAGACUAGAUCACUUUCUCAGGCUAGACAAGAUGACUCCUUAUCCCUGGCAAGAAAGAGUCCUUCGUGGUGGCCUUUGCACCUGUCUCCUACCACAGUGGUGUUUGCUACAGUCUGGCCUUUGAUUUCUCAUUGGCUGGUUCAUAUUUACCUGCAACGAAAGAGGAAGUGA